AUGUGUGUGGGAGCCAUGGUCGACGAGCCUGACGUCUUCCACACAGCCCUCAGGCGGCACUUUGCGGAGGCUGGCUUUGUCGCCAAGCUUCCAAGCUCGAGGCCUGGCUCCGUGCAUUUCUUGGUUCUUGUGCAGCGCAUGGAACAAGGAGUUUGCAUCGAGGUUACGGACUGCGAGCAGGGACUCUUUCGGGAUCGUUUAGACGCCGCGAAGUUGCAGCAACUUCGGCAAGAUGCAGGGAUGGCCGAAUUUGCUUGGCCGACCUUUCUGCGGUUGCUGGCGCAAGCACUGCGUGGCGAGGAUGGAUGCAGCACCACUGCAGUAGUGAUGGGUGGUGGUCCCCCAAAGCUUCAAUUGGAGUUCCGAUUUCGCCUGCAAUCGGCUGUACUUCUGGCACGCAUGCAAAUGGAGGCUGCAGCGUCGCUGCCCAGCAUUUCACCUGAAGCGCAAGAGUUUCUAAAGGAGUUGCGCGGUUUCUUCCUCGGUGCCUUGGACGCCGCAGCAAGCGCAGCGUGCACGGCUGGUGCCACAGGCACCGCUACGACCAGCAUGGCUGCAGUUGCGUCGCCUGUGCCAACGCGGGGCGAGCUGCUGCUCACGCCGCCGCGGGCGGUGAGUGCCCCAGCAGUGCUUGGGCAGGUCUCCAGUCAAGAGCCGCGGCCCGAAGUGCCUCCAAGGCCAGCGCCGGCAAAGAAACGCGCUCCGGGAUCCUUGGUGGACCUUCAUGGAAGGAAAGCUCGCCGCGGCGGAGCAAAGCCUUUCCAGCUUGCUGAGACCUGA